UCUCAAGUGAGUGUAGAUUCUAGCGCGGUGGAUGAGUAGUAGCUGAUCGCGUCCUCGCUUGGAACAAGUGGCUUCUCCUUGUUCUCAUGCUUAUACUUGGUUGUGGUGACACUCUUCACAUGAUACACACUCUAACACACGGGCUGGGAAAAACCUUGACGUUGCUAGCUCUCGUCGCGAGUCAGGACGAAGAGAAGAGUGGCCGUCUUACCGUCAUUGUGGUGCAGAAGAACAUGCUGUCGACGUGGGAGGAAGAAGUGAGUGAGCGACUAUCCUGUGGCGCAGCAAAGCCGAAGUUUGAACUCUUUAUCGAGCACGACAACAAGAAAGCGCCUAGAGAUGGGCGCAAAUAUCGCAAGAACUCCAUCAUUCUCACGACAUACGAAACGUACGCUCAUCGGGAUGACCUCCAACAGUUCCUAGCCAAGGAGCGGAACAAGCCUCACCGAGUAAUCCUCGACGAGGCGCACAAGCUCGGAAACCGCACCACAAGCAUCUCAAAGACCAUCGGCAACUUAAACUUAAGGCUAAACUUCUGACUACAACUCGCAUUGCUUCCACCUUUUAUUGACUACUGCUCACUACUAAGUCUCAGAGUCAGUGUGGUUUCAAGAGUAGCAGCAUUUUAUUGACUACUGCUCACUACUAAGUCUCAGAGUCAGUGUGGUUUCAAGAGUAUUCUCAUCCUCCAUUGGUGAAGCAUUUCAAAGGGAGGACAGGCUACUUUAUGAUGCUCGAUGAAACCACGACCCAGACGAGGUGGCAAUUGCAACUUGUACUGUUACUGAUGGAAAUUCUAACAGACGCGACUUGCAAGUGGGCCGUCAGUGGCACUCCCAUGCGAAACAAAGUGGAAGAAAUCUUCGGCAUUCUCCGUUUCCUGCGGCUCAAGCCUCUAGAUGACUACGAUUGGUUCCACAGGCUGCUUGGUCGUACCAUCACGGCCCGAACUCAG